AUGGACUUCACAGCUCUGAUCUCGACCCCCUGGUUCUUGCAGUCUCGUACGAUGAUAAGCGCCAUAGACGUUAAGUAUAGCCUUGACGAGAUGGCCAAGGCGGCCACACCGGCGCAGUUCUGGGAUGCUGUUUGGGCACGACUGACUUCCCGCCUCGCCGAGUAUACCAAGUAUUGGAAGAAUGGCUAUUACAUCCUUUGGCGCCUGAGGCUUAGGCUUGUAUACAAAGCGCAGCUCGACGCUAUCGAUGCCGAUACAGGCGACUUGGUGACGGUGCUGGGCGGGGCGCGGGCUGUGUUGUUGGGCGUCUGGGGCGCCACGACGAGUAUCUUAGGCGCUGUAGAGAGGGGAGGGCUGGCGGCUCUAAGGCUGUGCGCGGCGAGCGUGUCUGGCAAGAGGGGGAUGCGGAUCACGACUGUGUCAGACGAUGGGUUGGAUGUGUUGGCGAGGCUGUGGAGCGUCGGGAGGAUGGCGCAGUCGAAGGUGCGGGUUUUUGGCGUCUUGGCCAAUCGGCUUUCCUCCUCUGUAACCCUAAGCCCUUACAAACUGCUUGCCCUCCCUCUGCUUGAGGUACCACCGCGCCAGGGUCUUGGCCUUGACCCCCAGCGUGCUGGCGGCGGCGGCGGCGGGCGGGAUCACCUGCCGCCCAACGUCCUGGAUAUAUUUUAUGAUGGGCUGUGGGCGUUGACCCUGGAACCAAGAUUAUUUUGGCAGAAGAGGCGGUACCAUUGCUGA